GCUCCCGCACAUCCUCCGCGCCCCGCCAGGCGCCGGUGGGGCAGGUCGGCGCCCGCAACCUGCCGCCGAGCGGUGCCUCGGCCGCGGAGCGCCGCCGCAGUCCCGCACAGCUGUAUGCCUGCCGCGGUUUCGGCACAUCUGGAUUCGCUGGAGUCUUGGGCCUUCCAUGCGCUGUUGGUGCUGCCUUAUAUGUUUUACGUGGGCUUGUUCUUCGUCAACGUGCUGAUCCUGUACUAUGCCUUCCUGAUGGAGUACAUCGUUCUCAAUGUAGGCAUUGUCUUUCUGCCCGAGGAUAUGGACCAGGCACUGGUGGAUCUGGGGGUGCUGUCCGACCCUGGCUCAGUGCUCUACGAGACGGACAGCGAGCUGGAUGUCUUUGAUGGGUAUUUGGAAUAACGCCCCCGAGGCACUCCGAAGUGACUGCGGAGUGCAGCCUGCUGGCUGGUGGGGCUGGGUGUCCCGGCAUGGCCAUAGCUAAGACAUCGCCACGGCCCCGGGAUGCCCUCGCUGCGUCUCAGCUCCUUUGGCGCAGCAUUCUGCGUUCAAAAUGGCCCCACCGGUGCAGGGGUCAGCGGGGGCUGCUGCUCCUGG